UCUCUGUCACUCACUGCAGUGAGUACUGAGUUAUAUUUUUUUUCAUUGUGCUGGCUGCUGUCAAGAGAAAAAGCCUGAUAAAUUCGCAAGAUGGUGUGUUGCUGUUCAUGCUUGGCUUCCGUGUUUGCGAAAUUUUAUUAAAUUAAUAAAAAUGAUUGGCAAUAAUUCCUUGGACGAAUGAUUCAAGUUGAAUGAUGAAAUAUUGGCUUCAUUUAUGGUAGAACCAUCGGCAUGUAUAUAUGUUGCUGCUGCCUCAUUUGCCUCGAUUUAGACUUAGCCAGUAUUAAAAUUACGGAUGUGGGCGAUUAUUUAUAGUCUCAUGCGUUUGCAAAUCGGCCAGUAAAGUUGUAUUUAAUUUUGAAAAUUCCUUCUUGUCGAACGCACUAGCAGUACUCUUACCUUGUAUUCAGUAGUGCGGAUCGAAUAAUUAAACAAUGUAAGCUUCGUUCGCAGUUUUUGAAACUUUAUAAAAUUGGCGUCUCUCGUAGUUUACGCCCUUAAAUGUUCGGUUAUUGUAUUUUAUAUACGAGAUGAUCUGCAACUCUCACUUUUCCUGUUAUUGAGAUUCCAACAAAUAGAUUCGUUAACCUGUUCCCUGUCGUUUCUUCCUACAGGGGAUGACCAUCAGUUUCCCUAAUUGUCUUCGCAUUAAUCGUUAGCAAGUGUGUUUUUAGGGAUAUUCGACCUGUGUAUACUCUAUUGAAUGACGUUUAAUUAUGACCAUUAAACUAAAUAUUAGAUGAACGCAAUAAUUCCAUGUUUUUUUAUUUUCUAUUCUAUGUAAAUACGUUUCGGGCAAAUCGAACUAAUUUCACUCGAAAUAUAUUUCAGAUGCGAAAUCCAUUAAUGCUCAAAUGGCCACUCAAGACAUGUGUCUGGGUUCGUCAGAAGUCCUAUGGGAUUUUGCGUUCCUAAGAGCUUUGUUCCUGAUCCUUCGCAGAGCUCGUUCUGUAUGACGGCGGGUCUCAGUUGUUUUGUAGGCAGGGCAGUUGAGGGGUUGUCGUUAUAUAUGCUGGAUCCCUUGCAUCUCCCUCGUUCAUGCGGGCGACGUCCCGUGUAAGCGACUUUUUUUCGACUGUCUUCGUUGCUUCCGCCAUUCACCAGCUCCUAUUGUCUGCACAAGAUGCUAAUGCGGGUUCAUUCUUAACGAUUUCAGCGAACAAGCCAUUUGAGACCUACCGCCUUUUUCGUGUGAUGAGCUAAGAAUUUUCAUUAAAUAAUGCUUUUUAAUUUGCUGGGAAUGUUUAUUUUCGACUUCCGGUGCAAACUAGCGGAGGUGUUAGUAAACUUUUCCUUCUACUUAAUACCUUGACAGUCGUAUUGUCUCUCUUUCCUUCUCAUACUGAUUGAAUUUAAGUUUGUGUUUAUAUCUAAAACCUUGAUUGCGGUAACAUCGAGAUUUCUGUAUCGUGAAACUUUUGCUUCUUUUCAGAAAAAUUUUAUCAAUCGUUAAAAACAUUGAAGAGUGCAAUAAGGUAGUAAAAUAAGUGAUUUAGUGCGCCUAGGAGCGCCAUUCAGCAUGAGUCCCACGCCAGAGCCUGACCACUCCGGCAACCUCUCCGACGAAGAGAUGCCUCAGCAGCCGCCGAUCUUCCUCUCCUCCUCGAGUGACGAAGAGCAAGAGGAACCAAACCCUGACUACCCUGCAGGGUACAUGCCCAUUGGUCACCACAUUGAGGUGCAGUGGGCGUCAGAUACAGAGGAAGAAGACUGGGAUGCCGCUUCGGCGCCAGUGCAGGCGCCAGUUCUGCCUUCACCUUCUGAGGCAGAAGAAGAGGAGAUCGACUACAGCAGCUUAGCUGGCCUGAUGGGGGCGCUGCAGGCGCACGGCCCCACUGUCGUCACGGACACUCACGGCCUCGAGGACGUUUAUGCCAACGAAGAAUCUCCUCCCUUGGAUGUCAAUCGCAUAGCGAGUAGUCGCGUCGCCUCGUUGGCCAUGGCAGCUGCGGUACCCUCCGCCUUCAACAGCGAGCCGCUGCCCAAGGAGCAAGAAGACGCCAUCUUGAGUGCAAUGAAGGGUUUUUCUCUGCCGGCAUCGGCGAUUCCUCCUUGGGCAGCUCAGGUACCUGAUGAUCGUCUGACUUCUAUCAUCAGAAAUAAGCUAAGCGGGAACGCAGAAUCUCGAAACUGCGACAGUUCACUUAAUUCUUAACAUUUCCUGGGAAAAUCCUAUGAGUAAACUUUGAACCCAAGAAAUGUCUUUUAGAAUUCCGUUUCUUCAACUCUAGGAAAGUUGGCAGAAGCAGAUUCUUAAACGAUGUACUAUCCUUUGCAUGGACAGCGAUACAGCUAUUAGCGGCCGUUGAAGAACAUAGUAUAUUAGUUACAAGUAACGGAAUUAUAUAGAUUCAAGAACUCUGUAUUUGAAAGUUUUUAUCCAUCUUUGCCAGAAUUACAUUCCUUUCCUAUUUUA